CGAACAACUCUUGACCAUACUAAUUAAACUAUAGUUGGUCUGCUAUAACUCUAACAGUAUGGUGGCCUGGCUCCCGUUGCUCCUCGCUCCUCUCCCUGUGCUUGGCGCGCUUGACAAGACCCACGGCGUCCGCCCUGACUUGCUCGCGCGAUAUGCGCCUCAAGGGAGUACUUGGAAGUGUCUUGAUGGGUCAAAGGAGAUUGCUUGGAGCGCGGUGAACGACGACUACUGUGACUGCCCAGAUGGGAGUGAUGAGCCAGGGACGAGUGCAUGCCCGAACAGUUCAUUCUAUUGUCGGAACGCGGGUCACAUUGGCUCGAGCAUCCUCAGCUCUAGGGUGAAUGAUGGUCUUUGUGAGCCUGAAUGUUGCGACGGUUCCGACGAGAAACCCGGCGUUUGUCCAAAUGUUUGCGACGAAGUAGGCAAGGAGUACAGGAAGAAGAGAGAUGCUGAGCGCAAGAUGCAGAAGACGGGUUCCAAAAUCCGCUCGACAUACAUUGCAUACGCGCACAAGGAGAAGACGCGCCUUGAAGGCCUCAUCGCAGAGUUGGAGAAGGAAGUCGCGACCAGGGAGGCGGAAGUCGCGCGUCUGCGGGAGAUUGCCGAGCACGCCGAGUCCCUGUCUGCUGCUGACAUUGAGCAUAAGCAGAAGUCGCCACUCUACCAGUCUCUCCUUACACACCACACCGCUUUGAAGUCGCUUCAACGAGAGCAUAAGAAGCAUCUCGAGCGCGAGAAGGCACUCGGCGAGGUUCUUGACUCCCUUCGGACGGGAUACAACCCCAACUACCAAGAUAUGGCGGUUCUAGAGGCUGUGCGUGGAUGGGAGACGCUUGCGGGUCUGCCACAUAUCAAUGAUGUGCGCAAGGACGAGAGCGAGGGCGCAGGAGAUGCGGCUGCAGAGGGUCAGGUGCAAGAGGCUGAGGAGCUCGAAGAGGGCAUCUGGGAUGCGGCGAAGAUUGAGAAGGAGCUGGACAAGUUACUCAAAGAAGAUCAUACCUCUCUGCUGUUGCAGCACGACAAACACAUUGAUGCGCCGGGCCCCUCUAUUUUGUUUGAUCUUUCCUCUUACGUUCCUGACUCCAUCCGUCCGGAAUUCGAAGCUUUCCGCGAUAUCGUCGUCUCGUGGCUUGCCGCGUUUGGCUUGGCAAAACCUGUUGAUGUGUCCGGAAGUGCGGACUUCGCUCGCCAGGAGCUCUCGGACAGCGAACACAGCCUGAAGCUUACGGAGAAUGAGCUCAAAGAGGCUCGAGUGGACUUCGGGGAUAUCUUCGACCCCAAGGGUUUCGGGCCUGAGGGCGAGUGGAAGAAACUCGAUGGGCUCUGCUUGUCCAAAGACACGGGCGACUACACGUAUGAGAUUUGCCUCUUCGAUGAGGCGAAACAGAAGCCCAAUAAGGGCGGCUCCAACUUCUCUCUCGGCAAAUUCACCUCGUGGGAUACACAACAAGAGCCAGGCACGCCCGCAUACUACCACAAGCAGCGCUACACUCUCGGAGCCAAGUGCUGGAACGGUCCGCAGCGCAGUGUUGAACUUGUCCUUGAAUGUGGCAUAGAGAACGCACUGCUCAGCGUGGCUGAGCUCGAGAAGUGCGAGUACCAGAUCACGGGCACGACUCCUGCGCUAUGCACGCCACCCACUGAUGAUGACGCGACCGGCAAGGACGAGCUGUAAGACGGAGCUAUGCCCAUUGAUGGUCGAUAGAGUUUGCAUCUAAUAACUUGCACAUAAGGGAGCGAACAUCUGCGUAGACGUUUACACAAAAUAAUGAUAUCCUUCCAUACAUACGAGAGCAGACAUCUGAGCAAAGCUUAACAUGGUACCUGUACUACGCUUCAUAACACCUCGUCAGAACGUCGUGAUAGUCACAGGUGCGUAUAACUAGGUUUUCAUAAGAGACU